AGCCUCGAACAUGAAAAAAAGAAAAAGAAAAAAAGAGGAUGAGGUAAAACCCUAAAAAAAUUUCUAAUAACAUGAUGAUGAUGGUUUCUCAAGCUCAAUGGGUUUCGACCCCAUCUCCUGUGAUUCCCCCUCUCAGCUUUGAUCGUCGCGUGAGAUCCCAAUGUGUAAGAGCCACAGUCGGUGACAAGAACACAGUCGUUCCUCCUCUACAAGACCAAGGUCUCGACAGAGAAGUAGCAGAAAGCGUGAAUCUGCUGAAAAAUGCGGCGAAAACGAGAAAGAUUCCGGCACAAGAGGUGCUGAACGCUUUUACCGUCAUCGAGAAGGCUAAAGUUGAUCCAUCCACAUUCCUCGAAACACUCGGUGGAUCUGAGUCGCCCGGCAGAACAUGGAUGCUGAUCUUCACAGCUGAGAAAAAACUGAAGAAGGGUCGGUAUUUCCCUAUAACGGCUGUUCAGAGGUUCGACGCUGCAGGCAAAAGGAUUGAAAACGGGCUUUACCUCGGUCCAAUAGGAGCUUUGACAUUCGAAGGCCGGCUAUCAUGGAAGAAUCGGAUCCUCGCCUUCAUAUUCGAACGUGUCCGCAUAAAGAUUGGACCUUUAGACCCUCUAGAGAUCGGAUUAGACGAUAAAGAUACCGAGAGAGAGCCAAGUACUAAAGACCCUUUCUUCAUUUGGUUUUACAUCGAUGAAGAAAUAGCCGUUGCUCGUGGAAGAAGUGGCGGGACAGCAUUCUGGUGCCGCUGCCGCCGGGUAACUUCUUGAACCCAUUGGUUCAGAAUCUCCAUUCAAGCACAAUGGCUUGAGGUUACUGCAGUAAUUGUAAUUAUCUAUCAGUAUGAACAAUGAUAGUUCCUGUAAAUUUCGGUUUGCUAAUGUUAAAUCGACUUAUGGUCUUUCUUUGAA